AUGGAAGCAUACUUUCAGGCUUCCCUAGAAGACUGCAGGCAUGUUGGCGGUACUUAUGGUGGUACGUCGUGUUAUCCACUUUAUGAUAAGAUGCUCAUGUCCAUCCUGUUGACAAUCGGUACUUUCUUUUUGGCCAUCACUUUCAAGAAAAUGCGCAACUCAUGUUAUUUUCCCUCACGGAUACGACAGAUAUUCAGCGAUUUUGCUGUUAUGAUAUCCAUAGUAAUCAUGACCUCCAUUGACAUGGCCGUAGGCAUCAAUACUCCUAAACUGCAUGUACCGGGCUCUUUCCGUCCCACUUGGGAUGGCCGUGGCUGGAUCAUCCCACCCUUUGAUGGCAAUCCAUUUUGGACUGUCCCUCUAGCUUUUCUACCAGCAUUGUUGGCAUGUAUUCUGAUAUUCAUGGACCAGCAGAUCACAACAGUAAUCGUAAAUAGGAAAGAGAAUAAGUUGAAGAAG